GAAAGUUCUCACAGAUGGUGGAAAGUCGGGGGGUUCUAGUGGGGCCCCAUCGCAGAGGACAACUAAAGAUGGCGGGGAGAAAACAGAGGUUAUGCCGUCUACAUCAAAGGGUCAACUCACUGCAGAAAAAACCGAUGUCACCGACAGCCCCAAGUCGAGAAUCCCCAAAAAGUCAUUAUCAGAAACUGCAUUGAAACCCGCAGUAUCACCAGACACAACCUCAGUGGUUGAUGUUUCAGAGGUUGUGCCUGUGGCUGGUUCCAAACAACAGAAAACUCCUGAACCUAAACAUUUAAUGAUGAAAACAGGCACAAAGCCUAUUGUUGAGGAGGUGAAGGGAGUGGGUUCAGGAGAAAAACAAACUUCUGGGCCUGUUAAGUCAGAAGAGGUCUCCCCUACUAAAGUACCACUCAUGUCACCUGUGAAGUUCAGCAAAGAUAAGAGCAAAGAUAGUUCAGAUAAGGUUAACCUGGUCAAUGGACUGGAGAAAGACCCAGAGGACAACACGACCACUGCCAAAACAAGUGAACCCAAAGAUGUGAAAAAACAGACUCCCACACACCCAGACAGCAACAAUAGCAGCAUGAUACCAAAGAGUCGGUUACCCAAAGCCCCUGACAACUCUUCGGUCAGAAAGGUGAAAAAUGGUAAACCCCAAACCAUCGACACAGGCAGUAAAAAGACCAAAACCACUGAGAGAGCAUCAGGUGUCAAUAGUUGGCCUUCCACACCAACCAGUCCAAAGCAGCAGGAGCUUCCCAGCCCAGAGGAAAGGCCCACAGAUGAGACCCUGAUAACUGAACCUGAGAAGGGAAGCAAGCUGCCUUGCCCUUUGCCAACAAACUUGCCCCAACAGCUCUCCAAUAAGAGCACUCCACAUGACGAUGGUGACACACCCACCUCUCCCGCACUGGUACCAACCAAGUCAGAGAAACCUGCCUUCCUUAGACUGAAGAAGCAGAGUAACAUCACAUCUCCCAUCAUGAACAAGACUGCUGAGGAUGCUGGGAGUUUGAAAAGUCCAGUGAAAGAUCCAAGUGAUUCUGUAACUGUGGCUAGCAAGCUUCCGAUGUUCCGUCAGAAAACCCCCCCUAAAGGAAAACGCCGCAAACCCCUUAAGAAAUUUGAGCAAACUGUGAACUCUGAAACACUAUCUGAAACACAAUCUACACCAGUACAAGAUCAUGUGUCGCUGAUCACAGAUAACUCUCAGAUAGAAGAUCAACAAACCAAACCAGCAACAGGCUCCUCACUAGUAGCAGACUGUAGCACUGAGCUUGUAAAAUAUCAAACAGAUAAACCAGAAAUCACUGGAACGAAGGAAUCACUGAAGGGCAGCAGUAGUAGUGCACCUGUAACCAAACUGGAUGCAAAAUCAGAAAUUGCACAAGAAAAAUCCCUGUCAGUCAGAACUACCUCUAUGACACAGAAACAUCAAACCAAACCACCCCCAGAUCUCUCAUCAGAGAUUGACCGCGACUAUGUGGAAGCCUUAACAGAUACACCACAGCUGCUGACAGGUAAUGUAGAGCCAGGUGUCAUUGUGGAGAAACGCCCAUCUGAACCAAGCCCCAUUGUGUCUGCCUCAGGCACACCUACCCAUGAGGAAGUAAUAUAUGCAUCUACCAAGCCUGCAUUGACUGACCGCAUUCAUGCUGACACUGACACCCGAACCAAUCAGAAGAGUAAUGAGAGCAAUGACAAUACCUCUACAGCAUCAGAGAAGCUCAUAUCUGGUGCUGGAGAGGAAAUAGGUAGUACAAAUCAGCCUGUGGAAAAUGGCCUGGAUGAAGCUAAGGAAAGCUCACCCAAAAAUGCCUCCACUGUGGUUGAAAGUGGAGAUAGUCUCAAUAUGGCAACACAGACAAAUCUGAUUGGCUUGGAGGAAAAAUCACAGGCACUAGCUAAUGUUCAAACCCCAGAUAUGGUACCUAUUGGUAAUGCCAUAGAUUCUGAUAUAUCCAUAAUUUUUAGGAAAGAGAGUGAAAUACAGAAGGAGGGAGAGCCAGUGAAGGUCUCAGACAUUCUAACAAAGGGUGGGAUUGUUCAGAAAACAGUUGAAAAUGGAGAGGUCCAACUGAACAAAGAGGUUCCUUCACUGACACAUAAUUUGGCAAAUGCACAUAGGCAGCCACACAAAGGAAAGAAACAAGAGGACAAACCCCAUGAGGCAGCCAAUAAGAGUACCGUAACUAAGAUGGACGCAAAAGAGGAAUCAAAGUCCAUAACCACAAAGGCUAAUGAAAAGAAGGUGACAAAACAAGAAGAUAGACCAAGUGAAGGAGUGACUAAAAACACAGCCUUUAAGAUAUUAGACACAAAACAGGAAUCAAAAACCAUAAGCACAAAAUCUCAGGAUGAGAAGGUAUUGGUCCUCAAAGAACCCCCUAAAACUCAAAAAGCAACCCCCAAUACUGAACUGCCUCUUCAGCUGCCAACUUCUCCGAAGCACCCCUCUCCCCUUAAACCUCUCCCUUUGAAACAGGCCUCUCCCUCCAGCUGGUUAGAUGUGGAGCACAGAUCCAAGCGUGAGCAGAAGAAGGAGACCAAGAGGAGGCUGGACUGUUCAGCCAGCGAGGAUGAGAGUCUGGCUGAGUCUGACGAUGUGGAGGACUUCAUCAGGAACAUAAAGGAACUGGGCACCCCCUUUUCCCUGCCCUCCAAGAGGCACCACAGUCAUCCCAAGACCCCCUCACCCCCCUUUGCUCUGCCCGCCAUCAAGGAGGACCGCUUCGAGAACCCCUUUGAUGCUGAGGGCUUUCAGUUUGGCCUGAAGAAGAGGACGAAGGAUAAAGUAACCCCGGCCAUGUUGAUAAAAAAACAGCCUCGCAGGGAGGACAAGACACGGACAAGACAGAAUAGAGCAGAGGGUAGCCUUCUCUACAAAGCUCUCCAGUCUCCAUCUAGAGCCCUGAGAAAACCAGGGUAUCAAACAGACAGGCAAGUUGGAGAGGUGGAAGUGAAGGUAGAAGUGAAGAGGGAGGUAGAGAAGGAAGAGGAGCAAGGGAAAGGAGAAGAAACCAGGCAGCUCUCGUCGCGGCUUGGAAGGAUGUCCAUACUGUCCAAAUUGUUGAGUUCCCCCAAGACUUCUGGAAAGGGCAACGGGGAUCCUUCCUCCUCAGUCUCUAUUGGUGCUCCUCCUUCUCUUACAACCCAGGGCACAGUGCCAGGAAGGGCGGGCGGGAGCGGUAUAGAUCCAGGCCUGCUUGUGGGUGCAGCUUGUGAGUCAAUAAUCAGUCCCUCUUCACCUCCUUCUUUGCCCUCAUUCACUGAGCUAAAGCUACCAGAUCACCUGGAGAAAUGUCUCAGGGAAGACAAAGGAGCUUCACAGAGUAAUGUUACACAGAGUGCUUUGGUUAGUACUGUAAUGGACCUAGGUCAGGGUGCUGGACUUCCUCCUCUAAAUAUGGGCGUAAAGGGACUUACGUUAGGACAUCUUUCAACCGAUAACCAUCUCCCACAGGCCCCUCUGAAUGGUCUUCUUACAGCCAACACAAAGAUUCCAGAAGCAAGAGGGUUUCAUAAACGGCCUGGGAAGAUAGUGCUCCAUGAGCAGGCUCAGUUUGAAGGAGAGGCCUACGAGGUGUUUGGUGACGUGGAGGAUGCCUCCAUGAUGAAGCUGUCUCCUGUCAUCUCAGUCAGGGUCAUCAGGGGAUGCUGGCUGCUAUAUGAGAAGCCAGGGUUCCAGGGGCGGACCAUCGCCUUGGAGGAGGGCCCCAUGGAGCUGGUCAACGUGUGGGCAGAGGAGGUGACAUCAGGGGCACUGGACCAGAUGGAUCAGCCUGUCCCAACUUCACCCAUGAUCAUCGGAUCCAUCCGCCUGGCAGUGAGGGACUACAGUUUACCUCAGAUUGACCUGUACACGGAGGUGAAUGGUCUGGGGAGGAUGUCAUCAUUCUGUGACGACUCCAUUGAGAUCUGUUCCUAUGGGAACAUACAGAACACCGGCUCCAUCAAGGUCCACUCUGGAGUCUGGCUGGUGUAUAGUGACCCAGGGUUUGGGGGUCUGCUAGCGGUGUUGGAGGUGGGAGAGUAUCCCUGUCCAGAGGCCUGGGGAUUCCCUCAGCCAUUCAUCGGAUCUCUGAAACCCCUCAAAAUGGGUGGCAUAAAGGUGGAGCAUUCUAAUGAAGUAAAGGCUCUGGUGUUCGAGAGGCCGUGCUUUGAGGGCAAGUGUGUGGAGAUUGACGAUGAUGUGUACGACUUCAGAGAGGGAGGAGAUGAGGAAGAUGGGGAGGAGGAGGAGGAGGAAGAAGGGAAUCCAGUCAAAAGGAAGACAUUGUGUUCUGUGGGAUCCCUCAAGAUCCUUAGAGGACUCUGGGUGGGCUAUGAUGAGCCAGACUUUGAGGGUCACCAGUAUCUCCUGGAGGAGGGGGAGUACCCUGACUGGAGGGAGUGGGGAGGCUACGGAGACCAGCUCCUGUCACUGCGCCCUGUAUACUCUGACUUCCUGUCUCCCCAUGUGAAGCUGUUCAGUGAGAGGGACUUUGGGGAGAGAGGGGUCCACAUGGACCUGCUGGGGCCUGUCAUUAACAUGGAGGACACCUGCUGCGGCUCAAAGACGCAGUCCAUCAAUGUCCAGGGUGGAGUGUGGGUUGCCUUUGAGAACCCAAUGUUCUCCGGGGAGCUCUACGUUCUAGAGAAAGGCCUCUACGGAAGCCCAGAGGACUGGGGAGGACAGAACCUCAAGAUCUCCUCGCUGCAGCCCGUUUUCCAGGAUAACCUGGGUGGAUCAAGCAAGUUCAAGGUCCAGCUGUUCUCAGAGCCUGGGUUCCAGGGCAGAGUGGUGGUACUGGAGGACAGUGUGGUAUCCCUGGAGGAAGACUUCUCCCCUCGCUCCUGUAGAGUACUGGCUGGGAGCUGGGUGGCAUAUGAGGGAUCCCAGUUCACACAGCACAUGUUUGUCCUGGAGGAGGGAGAUUACCCCAACACUGAGUCAAUGGGCUGUCUGGGUCCUGACUCUACCAUCCGCUCCAUACAGACCGUCAGCCAUGAGUUCUCCCUCCCGUCCAUAACGCUGUUCAGUAAGGUUGGCUGUAGAGGCCGUAGGGUGGUGCUGACGGGAGAGACGGUGAACCUGCAGCUGGCUGGGGUUGAUAGACGCAUACGCUCCCUGGUGAUCCACGGAGGAAUUUGGGUGUUGUAUGAGGAUAGUAACCACCGGGGCCGUCAGAUCCUGCUACCGCCAAGCGAACUGAAUGAUUGGUGUAAGUUCAGCAGCUGGCCGCGAAUCGGAUCCCUGAGACCACUAUUGCAGAAGCAGGUGUACUUCCGUUUGCGGAGCAGAGAGACGGGCGAUGUGAUGUCCCUGUCAGGGCCUCUGGAUGAAGUCAAGCUUUUGCGGGUCCAGGCCCUGGAGGAGUCAGGGGGAGUGGACCAGACCUGGAUCUACCAUGACGGAGUCCUACGCUGCAAGCUGGUGGAGGACUGUUGCCUGCAGACAUCAGGGAGCAUUAUCAUGGCAGGCAGCAGGCUGAGUGUCUCCCCUCCGGAGCCAGGGAUAGACAACCAGCUGUGGAGCAUUACCCCAGACGGCCUAGUCCGAUGCUACCUCAAACCUGACCUGGUGCUGGAGAUUAAAGGUGGACAAAGUUAUGACAAAACUCAAGUGAUUCUCAAUACAUUUGAUGAGAGAAAACACACCCAAAGAUGGUCUUUGGAGAUCCUGUAAUGGAAUGUCAAUCUGGCCCUUGCCCUUCCACAGCAGCUCAGCUCUGUGAUGCAGCUCCACCGUGGGGCCCAUACUCUUGCUUCUUGAUGAAGUUUCUCCAUGGGCCUUAGUGCUCUGUGAUGCUGGUCUGCAGUGGGCCUCCAGACAUUCUGCAACAUUUGUUGAGCUUGAGAGCAGAAAUUCCAAACUGUCUUUGUGAAAUACAACCGUAAACCAGUGAUCUACACUCUGAAGACAAAACUACACCCGGCUAUAGAACUAUCUAUCGAGCAAGGAGCACAGCAUUUUACUUUGAGGACUUGACUGAUGCUGUACAAAUACCACAAUUCAUUUGUUCACUCUCAUUGAGCAUACCAAAGAAUAACUGUAUGGGAAUGUGUCUCUCCUGUAUUCAUAUCAUUUACAAUGACUUAAGCCCUGUGUUAAUGCUGAUUUUAUCCACAAAUCUCUUUUCUAUGGUACUUUACCAGUCAAUUACUGAGAUGUUUUCUUACAACAAUGUUGUAAAUUGGUCUUUUAGCACACUUAUUGUUCUAUGGUCACAUAUUCUUAAUGUCAUAGAUGAACACUCCUUAAAUUCUCCAAAUAAUGUUUUGUGUAAAUGUUCUUUCAAGACUUUUGAAGUCAACUUAAUAUUUUUCUACAGACAUCACUGCACAGUACAUUAGCUUCUGCAGGUGUAUAGAUUUUGUUGAAUGACUAAAUAGCAACUUCAACACUGUGCUACAAUAUCAUACUAACCACUGUCUUACUUGUAAAUAUGUCAACAAAAUGCUGUUACAUCUACAACAAAAAAUGGUUUCCUUGAUUGGUGUUACUAUGGCGAAGAAUCUCAAUUACCCUUUCAAUGAAGAUCACAAGGUCAAGGACUUGAAUAGGUUUUACUUAUCACAUAGCUACAACAGGCAGCCUCUUCUCAGACAGACACACAUAGCCUUAGCACAGACGAUCAUAAAGGAUCAUUUCGCUGGUUACUCGGAUGAGUCCUCUCCGCUGCUGAUCUUGACCACAGUCUUCCCCCGAGCGUGUCCCUUCUCUACCUUCAGCAUGGCCUGGGGCACCUGGGAGAAGGUAAACUCCUCCUCCACCACCGCACGGAUCUGCAGGAACAGGAAGUGUGGUCACACGAAGUUAAAAAAAAAAUCAAAAACAAACCUGACUUUAGACAUGUGUGAAGGGGCAAAGGUCGGGAUUCACUCAAAGGCUUGUUAUUGACAAGUGCAUUGCACUUACCUUCAAAAUAAAAUGUAUACUUGAGCCAAAAUCUCUGCAGAACUUAGCAUGAAUUGAUCUCCACAAACAUCUGAGAAAUUGCCUUUAAAAGGUGCAUUGUUGGUUGUGCAGUGCACAGUUCUGCAACGGGCCUUUGAAUGAAUCCUGGCCAAAUUGAUCUUCCAAAAAAGAAAAUGAAUAACAGAGAAAGUUGAGUCAUAUGGUGCAUCUGUCGGCACAGUAGCCUACAUUGAAAAAUGGAGAGUUCCUCUUCUACACAGAAUGACCUGAUCCUUACCUCUGUGUGGAUUGAAGAUAACCUAGAAUUGAAGUGGUGAGGAUGUACUGACAUCUUUCACAAAACUACGACGUACACCAACACUGUACACAACAGCAUCCUGUUCAGCCUAAGAGGCUCUCAUCAUGUAGGUGUAUUGUAUAUUUGAAAAUGAGUAUUAAAAAAAUGAAAAGAAAUUACAUAAUUGAAACAGUAUACCGCAUAUUCUGUUGCUAACCUAACAUUGUAAUGAGUCAACACACACCUUUGCAUCCUGUUGUGUUUGUUGUCAUGGCAAACAUACCAACAGCAUGGUAGGACAACCAACUGUAGAGGAUCUGGUGACCAGGCCAAGCUGAAACUAGCCGUAGCCGUUUCAUCAGAACAGAAUGGAACCGUGAUGUCAUGGUGGAACGCUUCCAUAAUACCCAGGCAGGCCAUGAAGAGACAGGAAUCUGUUCCGCUUCCAGGCUGGGGAGUGGGCCCGGGGGCUAACAAAGGGCCCGGAUUAAGGGCCUAGCGCCAAGAUUACACUGGCAUUCCAUCUUGACCGGUCAGGACAGCCCCGACAUAGCAGGUGAUUAUCUGGUCUGACCAUACCAAACCCAGCCUGCCUCACUGUCUGUCUGACAAAAGAGAAGGGGAGGUGUGUGUAGUGUGGCUUCAGCCAAUUGAUGGCUGAAGCGUUCCGAUUAGUUCCUCCACUUGGCCAAGGGGGUCAUAAAAACCCCACUAUUGACCAAUAUAAUGUGGCACUCAGAUGUAAUGGUGCCACUAUUGACCAAUAUAAUUUCACCCUUGAAUCAAUAAGGGCAAUAUGAUAUUUGCUAACCAUAUCAAAGGAAUAUUUCAGGAUUAUCUACUUCCCCAGUGUCAGAUGAAAUCGUGGAAACCAUUUUCAUGUCUCUGUGUAAAGUAUUAAGGAAGGCAGAGGUAUUUCGUGAGCCAACGCUAACUAGCAUUAGCGCAAUGACAAAUUCUAUGGGUAUCUGCUAGCAUGCUAGAAAUCUUCAGCUUUACAAAAACUCUGUAUAGAGUGAUGAAGUGGGUGCCCACUGACCCGCUGGCAUGGGAGACACACAUACACUCAGUGAAGUGUGUCACAUCCCCCCUUUGGGCAAAGACCCAUCCAGGUAUUUUGUACAUCUCACUCACCCUUUUAUGUCAACACAGGCAGAGAUGACCAAGUCACAACCAUCUGAUCCACUAUAGGUGCUAGAUAAGACUAUGGCUUAGUUACCUACUGUCGGUCUCUGAGAGAGUGAGUGUUCACCUGUGUCUAAUUCUCUGUGGUCACAAGAGUAAUAAGGUGAGGUUUCUAAGGCAGCCUGUGUUUAAAAAAAUCAUUUUAAAAAGUACACUUAGACAAAAGCCAUAUAAACCUAAAGAGAUGUCAGACUCACAAAUGUACGCAAUAUUAUUAUGGCAUGUUGUUGACUAUCUAUUCCCUUCUGUUACUAUACCAUUUUAAAUGGCACAACCAGAAACCCAUGAGGGAAUGUCUAUUAAAAGACUUACCCCUCAUGGAAGUAUAUUAAAGGCGUAGUGCACUA